AUGGAGAACGGAAAUACAGUUGAAAGCAAACCUGCUAACCACUGGGGUAGCGAGGAAUAUCUUUCUCGUGAAGCCAAGGAUAACACCGUCGACAACUUACUUCAAGGUGAAGAAGGAGGACCAGCCGGACAGAAGAGUUAUGUUGGGUUGCAGCGAAAGCUUGGCCUUGCCAGUGGAAUCAGCCUUAUCGUAGGGACUAUGAUAGGGUCUGGAAUAUUUGCUUCGCCUCGCUAUGUCAUGGAAAACAGUGGCUCUGUUGGACUGACUUUGAUUGUCUGGAGUCUAUGCGGAGUCUUAGCGAUGUUUGGAGCGCUGUGUUACUCCGAACUCGGCACAAUGAUUCCUUUAUCCGGAGCGGAGUAUGUAUACUUACUGGAAGGGUUUGGUCCACUGGCAGCGUUUCUCUAUUCGUGGACAUCUGUCAUUGUGCUAAAGCCUUCGCAAGUUGCUAUCAUCUGUUUGGCGUUUGGAGCUUACGUGAUCGAGCCGAUCUUCCCUGGAUGCGGCGAUAGAGAAGAUCUGCAACCUGUCGUCAAGCUGUUGGCUGCGCUUGCUAUCGGUGAGUGGUAAACUCUUCGCCCAUUUAUCUUUUUUUUUCGUCUAUCUUUAAGGUCUUAGGAAAUAUCUUAAUAUGGUUUUCAGAGCAAACUAGUAUUUAAAUCCCAAACAAACAAACCGAUCGCUUUGUAAACAUGUAAUGCUAAACAACAAGGAUGCGUCCAUGACCUGUUGUAGCUGGCCGGUGUUGGUUUCAACUAAACAAGACUCCCGUUGUGCUGAAUUUACGCCAAAUUUCUUCCACCACGGGAUCGAUCCACCUACAUUUGUUUACCUUUUCGUCAUAUAAGGAAUUUAUCUAAUCAGGAUUUGCUACACACUGUCAUGUAACCUCUAUAAAAUAACGAAAAUUGUGUGAAUCAACGCGAAAUAUACUUGAAAAAUGCUGCCUUCGACGCAAGCAUCUCGUGAGAAAACAUCAGUCGAGUUAUCAAUCACGCAAGAAGUAUUUUCGCCUGAAUUUUUUCCCAAAUAGAAAAGUUGUUGAAUUAAGGAUGGCAUUAAAUUGAAUUGUAUCACUUUUGCAACGCGCUGGAUAGUUGGCCGCGCUUUGUUAUUGUAAAAUCUUCGUUACUGAUCAAAUCGCGAUGAUUUGCAUAAUUUUACAGACCUCCUGAAUCUCUUGCGCAACAUUUCAGGUUGUAAGGCAUAGCAAAAGUUACUUAAUUUUAAAGUUUGUUUAGGCCUCAAAACUGUAAAAUUCAAUUUGGAAUUCCUCCCAGACUACUACUAAAAAUAACGUUGCAGGUGCAAGGGAAGUUGUUAUGAUCAACAUGUGACAAUCAGUCAACCUACGUUGUCAUAUCACUCGCUACAACAUGGUGAUUGAACAUGUUACCUGUUCCUCUCCUUUGUUUUAUUUAUCUAUUGAUUGUUUAUUAGAGCAAAGUUCUUCCCAAACAGACUGAUUUUCUAAGCGAACUUAACAUUUACCAGUAUCAGUUGAAAUAGCUCGCGUUCUUACGCUCUUUUCAUGUGAAUUCUCCAAAAGAAAAGCAAUAACUUCACAUAUUUGCACUGCGGUGGAAAGAUGAAAUUUAAGAGAUCCUCGCAGCUAAGAAACACUACUGAAACGAGUAGUUGUUAAUAGGACCUGAAAAAAAAUUUUCAGGCCCGUACGGGAUUUGAACCCAUGACUUCUGCGAUUUUUUUUUUCAGGUCCUAUUAACAACUACUCGUUUCAGUAGUGUUUCUUAGCUGCGAGGAUCUCUUAAAUUUCAGCAAUAACUUAUUAACCGUUUGGGUGAACAUAAACUAUCUACAAGCCUAUUUCUUGAUCGCCUGAUAGUCUGAUGAAAAGCAAACAUCUCAACGGCGACCAUUUAAGCGCCAUAAAGAUCAAAUUUUAGACUGUAAUUAUUAACUUGGGAGGAGCGCUUAGAAAUUUGAUCAGGCCAUGUAAAUGAAGUGUGCUCGCUGGAAAGGGUGACCGUUUUAGAUUGUUCUGCAAAACGCGCUGUCUUCGUGUUGGGUACCAAAGAUUUCUAGCGGAAAUGAAAGAACAAGGGAGAACAAAUUGUCUCGAGCAGAGCGCUCCGAUUAGCGCUUCCAGCACUGCUGAUUUGCUGAAAAACCGGGUGGAAAUCGGCGGGGCAGAUUUGGAGAAGAGAACUGUUUGCCUUCAGAAACAGAUUGGUUUAAUGGGAAGCGUGUCCUUAAUCGUUGGCACUAUGAUUGGUAGUGGGAUCUUUGCUUCGGCCAGUGGCGUAUUUACCAAUGCAGGUUCGCCUGGCUUAACUCUGAUUGUCUGGGCAGGAUGUGGCGUCAUCGCCAUGUUGGGUGCUCUGUGUUAUGUGGAGUUAGGGACAGCGAUUCUGAAAUCCGGCGCGGAGUUCACCUACAUCUUGGAAGCAUUCGGUGGUCUGGCUGCGUUUUUGUUCAGUUGGACUUCGGUUACACUUCUCAGGCCUUCACAAAUGGCCAUUAUUGCUCUUGCUUUUGGACAGUAUGUUGUAGAGCCAUUUUUUCCGGCAUGUCAAGGUUCGGAUCGGCAAGACUUGAAUAUACUGGUGAAGUUGUUGGCGGCUUUUUGUCUUGGUAAGGGCUUCCGACUAUUCCUUUUCACAAAUGAGACACAAAAUUUGUUUUUCCAACGUGAGAGGCGGCGAUUAGUCAAUUAUGUUUCUGAAAUUUAAUCUUCACGGGGGAGGGAGGUCUUAUCUACACCAGCACAAAAGUUGUUUAUUUUGACAAAUUGUUCUGUCAAUCACCAACACUUAACAAGUGCGCAUGGUUUGUCGCGACUUGACGUAUUUUGGCCGAAGCGGACAAAUGUUUUUAAUAACGCAAUGCUCACAAAAUUUGUUUUGGGUAAAACUGGACAAAAUUGACUAAAUAAACAAACUAAGCCGUGCUAAACUUUUCGAUCAUUUGUCGUGAUAGUAACCACCAUUAACUAGGAAGGAACUAAAUGUUUUUUUUUUGUUGCGAAACUUGUGGGUUUUAUAAGCUUUUAUCUCUUUACACCCUAACAUCAGUAUGCACAUUCUCCACACUGAUAUCUCUAAAUUUCCUAGGCUGCUGACAAGGAGAAUUUGAUUAACAAUCAAGAGCUUCUUCAGUUGGUGAUCAUUUCCUAUAUUCUCAUGAUCACAAAUGAAUGAUUCAGCAGUAUUAUGGUCAGGAGAAACUAGAUGCUAGUCACUCUUAGGGUUUAGAGGGUUAAGCGACUUGAGAUGAAUCCUGGUAUUUGAAGUUUGAACCAUUGGCAAACAAUUUCGCAAGCUAGUAAUAUGAUUCUUAACUCAACUUCUUGAUUGGAACGAUUACUCAGCUAACCAAGGCUAGAGUUGUCUUUGAUAAGUUUAGCACUGCUCAUUGUUCUCCGUUUGCGCGGUGAAAAUUGUUCACAGCUGUCUUUCCCAUACUUCUUUCUCGUUCCUCGUUGAACGCUUCCUCUCUGGAGAAACAUCAUCUCUUCAAUGGCGUAUUUGUUUGACUGUGGUGUAAACAGUUGUAUUGCUGGUUUUUUUUUUUUUCAUGUGUCCUUUCCAGCAAGAUUGCUAGAAGAUACACUCAAAUAUAUUGCUUAAAAGGUUCUUUUCUUCUUAAACUCCACGAGUACCUAGCAACAAAUUGAAAGAAUUUGGUUUCAUCGGAAAAUUUUUGUGUUUGUGAAUGGAAGUAUCACGAUUUUCUCUCGUUGUGUCCUAAUUUGUUGCCAAACUGAACAUGAAAGCCUCGAACUGAAAAUCAAUACACAAAACCUUUCGAGGAUUAUUCCAACUUCAGUUGCGCCUCUUGCCCACACCAAAACCCGUUUUUUAGCCAAUUACUACCCGCAAGCGCCUACGUGUAUAAACACAUGAAUCGGAAUCAUUCUUCUUCCUUAAGUUUUCGAAUGUUUGCAAUGGCUUUUGUAGCACAAAUUAUUGUAUUUUGUCACUGCCAAUGAGGAAAUCCUCUUGGGUUUGCAUGUUUAAAAAAUCCAUUCACGAAAAAGAGGUUAGAGUCGAAACUCCGUAGAAAAUAUGUAUUUAACUUGUCACAAGAACCACAGCACCUGACCACAAUAAAAACUCCGAAACUUCUUAAAAUUCUAAACACAGGGGUAACAAAUUUGCUCGAACCAAAGCUCAAAAUAACUAAAAACAAUUCAAUAAAAACAUGCAACAAAAGUACGCAAAAAAUAUCCACGUAAGUUUAAGGUUAGAGUUCUUCCCGUGCGUGAAUACAAAAAGAAUACAUCUGAAGAGCGCUGAAGCAUUUUGGGUAAGAGAAAAUAGCUACAACUCAGACUGUGGGAGAAACAAGCAAAUUAUUCCUUGAUAAUAAUUUAAUGUUUAUCUUGUCUAAAUUACUCUCGUUUCGUUUCAGGAAUCAUCAUGUUCGUGAAUAUUGCAAGUGUAAAAUGGGCCUCGCGUAUGCAAGUUAUCUUCACAGUUUGUAAAAUGGUGGCUAUUGUUAUGCUUAUUAUUACUGGCCUCGUUCGCCUUGGUCAAGGUAAGUUGGCUCAUUGGUAACUUGGUCAUCCACCUUUUUAUGCGCGGUUGGUGUUGCUUUCUUUGAUUUCUCAUUGGCUGCGUAUAAUUCUUUCCUUUGUGAUGAUUGGUUGUUGUUAUUUCUUAGUCUCAGAAUGCCCUCACAAAAGACACUCUACUUGAUCCUUUUUAAAUAAUAUAAUACCCUUAAGAGUGACUAGCAUCUAAUUUCUCUUUACAAUAUCACCCCUUAAUCACACAUUAUGGUCAUGAGAAUUAAAACAAAUGAUACAAAUUCUUCUUGUCAGCGCCAUGGGAGAUGUGUAUAGAAAGGUUUGGAGAAUUUGCAUGCUAAUGUUAUGGUUUAAAGUAUUAGUCGCCACUCUUUGAGUAGCCUUCAUAUAGAUUAUCGGCUGUAGAAGCCGUUACUUCAUUAAGAGGCUUCCGACCAAUCAAAACGCUGGUAUCUCCUCAAUUUGCAGCAGGUUGCCAGCAUGUCAGUUGAGAGUAUUUACAUCACCUUUGUCCCUAGACUCAGAGAAUCUCAAGAUAUUGCUUCAUUUAAGCGUUCUCUUAAAGCCCACAUGGCUUAAUGGUAGUAAUUGUAAAUAUCGUUAUUGUUGUUAAUAUUGUUAAUAUUGUAACUUCUAAUUGAUAGCUCUUGUCCAUGAUUCUCGAUCCUGUUUUUAGCUUUUUAAUAGAUUUACUUACUAUUUGUAUUCUUACAGAAAUUAUGCUUUAUUUCUAAUUGUACAUACACGUACACGUUUUAACGAUAACUUCUGUACUCCUAGGUGUCACGUGUUUAAAUAAAGGAUUGGAUUGAUUGAUUGUUCAACGUAACAUUUUUUUGCAGGUUUUACUGAGAGUUUUGAUAACUCCUUUCAUAAAACAACGAGUAACAUCGGUUUGAUAGGAUUCGCGUUUUACAACGGACUUUGGGCUUAUGACGGCUGGUGAGUUGCUUACUUUUUAUCUGUCUCUACCUGAGCUUUCCACAGAAAUUAUUCUUUUGAAUACAGCACACGAUGGCUUUAUUGGGACAAUUUAACUUUGUACCUCAAAAAGUUCAUUCGUUUGUUUAACUUUGUACCUCAAAAAGUUCAUUCGUUUGUUUGACAAGACAAAAUAUAUUUUUUAUUUCGUUUCCGAAGUGAUUGUUUGUCCCCAACAAAAGCUAUUGUGAUCAACUUGGAAUCAUAGUUUUAGAGGUUAUCUUUGAGCUGGAUUGAUGCCUUCACUUGGUUUGCUUCUCCUUUUGGAUUAAACAGCACUGCUCUUCUCAGAUGAUAAACACACCCCUCCUCGACUCAUCGCUGCUCAUGGUUUGAGAGAAGUACUGCGAGAGCUUUUAAAAAGUUUUCAUUUAAGGGAUAACUUGAACUGGAAAACACAGCGGUCGAACGUUAAGCAUGCGCAAGUGGUUCAAUUUACCCAGCCGCGGGUCAAUUUCCCGCGCAAAAUUUUAAAGAAAACAUAACCGUAAAUUGAGUAUCUUCUAAGAAAGCUGUUUUGCACUUUAUAGGAACAAUUUGAAUUACGUUACAGAAGAAUUGAAGAAUCCCUAUCGGUAAGUAUUUUUUUGUACCUUGUCACUAACUGUGGAACUUCUGCGCCAUCGCGCUGGAAUAGCACAAAUCAUUCACUAAUGGUAUUUCCGUCAGGGUGCCUUUGGAGAGAGGCCUACAUUAUGCAACUUAAAAAGCGCAAUUUGUGUGAAGGAAUACGCCAAAUUUACAGGAUGAUAAAACAUCGCGACUUCAACAAUCGGGCCGAUCAAGGAAGCAAUAUUUUUAUCCCAGCUCUUUUUUUAAUACAAGCUUACAGAGCAGUUUUCAGUUGAGUCAAACCAAAACCGAAGUUAUUACAUCGGCCAAUGAGAAGAAAAGAAAAUACCUUUAAGAGCCAAUGUGAACUCAAAAUAAAAAAAAACAAACUGCCUAAAACGCGGGAAAACGCGGGCAACCAAGUCGUGAUUGGAGGUUAGUUUUGUAUCUGAUUGGUGGAGAGAUUGGAGCGAGUUUUCUGAACCAAUCACAAGGCAAAGUAAAGCAAAACCAAAACAAUCCCGGAUUGCUUUUAACACUCAAUUGAAAAUUGCACCAUACUCUUAAGGUAUUAAUUAUUAAAAAAAAGAACUCUUUGUUGCCUCAAGGGACUUGCCGCUGUCCAUAUUGAUUGGUAUUCCACUUGUGACAGUUUGUUAUGUGCUAGUAAAUAUCGCCUAUCUGACCGUCCUGACACCUAUGGAAAUCAUGAAUUCCAGCGCAGUUGCGGUGGUAAGUAAAGGGGUUUAUUUUUGGAAGGUUUUUCAUCGUUGUUAAUACAUUUAUUGUCGAGGCAUUCAGUCAUUGCGGAAAGUAAUUGUUAUUCCGCCAAAACGGGAAGCCGCCGGCCGCCUGCGCAACAGGUUCCCGCCAAAACUCCUGAGUGUUGCAGGUACUUAAAAAGAGAUGCCUUACAUUUUUCUUCUUUAAACCUCAGAUGACUUCUGUUUGAUUGUUAAAGGAAAAUACGAGAUAUAUCUUGGGGUAGCUCACAAGAGCCCUUGAUUACUAGUUUAGUUGUUUAUUUUUCUGCUUUAUUCCAGACUUUAGCAGAUCGUUUAUACGGAGUGAUGGCUUGGGUCAUUCCCAUAUUUGUUGCCGCGUCCACUUUUGGUGCCGCAAACGGAUCUGCCUUUAGCAGUGGAAGGUGAUUUUGAGCUAGGCUGCUUUGUUUCGAAUAUCAAUUCCUCUUCAAGAACAUUUAUUAAAUAGAUGGUUGUCAGUUCUCCUUGUUAAGAAGCUUAGAUGUAUAUCAACCCCAGUUAUGCCGAUGUGUGUAACUUACAGAAGGCUCGGGAUUUACAAACUUUUCUCGCGUUCUCCCAACAUCCCAAGAGGAUUAUUACGCCGGUAAUAAAUAACGCGGUCUAUUGCAUAACCAGAAUUAAGCAAUAUUUUUAGGGUUCGUACAUUGUACUUUCACCUGAGCUGGUGCAAAGCACGGACAAAUACGCGUCAAUUUUUUUAAAAUACGGUGAAUUGAUUUCUUUCUACAGACUUGUGUUUGCCGCUGCUCGCGAGGGUCACCUUCCGAAAUUCCUUGCUAUGAUUCAUACCAAGAGACACACACCCCUUCCUGCCAUGCUGUUCACCGUAAGUUCAGAGCCUUCCAGAAAAUAAUAAUUUUUCUUGCUUACAUCGGGAAAGCCUACCAGACGAGUUUCACUUCAACUCUUCUCUCGGCAUUCAUCACCGAAAUUUUUAGCGUAACCUGAGUACGAACCAAUAAAACCCGACAAAUACUUAUAAAAAAAAUGCAAAAACGGAAAUGAGCACAUUUCUUGAUUAACUUACCUAUGUAGAUGUAUGUAACAAAUUGAUUACAUGUUGCCGCGUGUCGGUUCAUUAAUGGAUCACAGAUGACUUCAAAAUUUGAACAAGUGGUAUGCAAGAGCCAGACCAGCGUGUCACUGAUGUUCUUACCACAUUUUCGAAAUCUUAUCUGGUCUAAUACUGUACAGACGCAUGGCAAAUGCAAUCGGCUUGUUUUAUAUAAUAACAAAGCAAAAUGUUUAUAAUGGUGACGUCAUCUAUGCGUCUGACCUCUAAUCGAUCUUUGGCUAGGACUGAUCAAUACCCGUGUAUAAUAUUGAUUUUAGAUAUAUGAAAUUCAUAUACUUGGACUGCGGUGAAGAAACGAAUUUGAAGAGAUCCUCGCAGCUAAGAACAAUACUGAACUAGUAGUUGAAAGUACGACCUGAAAAAAAAAAAAAAAUUCAGGCCCGUACGGGAUCUGAUCUGCACCGGUAUCGCAAAGGUCACGAACCCGUGUAUAGUUCAAACUAUCGAAUAACUAGAUUUUUCAAGUCAUCUCUGUUUUGAUACUCAGUGAGGUGCAGGUGCCAUCUUAAGCUUAAGAUUGCAUUAACAAGUAGUUCUUUAUUUGGUUAUUACAGAGUACCAUUGCCUGGAUUAUGUUGUUACCAGACUCCAGUAGCUUUGAGACACUUAUUAACUAUUUCAGUUUUGCUGCCUGGGUUUUUUACGGUUUUACUGUAUCAGCUUUGCUUUGGCUCCGGUACAAAAAGCCUGACAUGAAACGACCGUAUAGGGUAAGUCACGUGUAUAAGAUAAGUCACGUGUUUGCGUAAUAUAGGACCGAGGUUGAACAAGUAGGGGUCAGAUUAAAGGGGUCAAGUAAAAGCGUUAGUUAAAAAAUAUUUUUAUCGGAGGACCUCAAACGUACAUAGAUCACGUUAGCAUAGCGGUCAAACGUAGGGCAUGCGUCAGGAGAUCAAUUUUGGCCGCUUGCGCGCCAUUUUCCCGCGUAAAAUUUCAAAAGAAACAUAAGAAACAACCGCUGUCUCGCAAACUAAUCGAAAGAAACUUGAAACGUUCAAAGAGAUUUGUAAAUGGCAACACAUGUGCAGACAAAAUUAUAAGUAGAAGAAGGAUAAAGACCGCCUGCGACCUAACAUGGAAGUAGUGAGCGCUGUAGAAGUGUACAUUUUAUUCUCCUAAGGUAUUAGCGCUUUAUCGUUUUGACAACUUCCAUUUUUUUUAUGUUAGGUUCCUAUAGUGAUUCCGAUUCUGGUUUUGCUGGCCUCCAUCUACCUGAUCGUGGCGCCAUUCUACGAAGCUCCUUUGGAGUCUUUCUUUUGUCUCCUCUUCAUCUUAGCUGGAAUUCCAUUUUACCUUGUAUUUGUCUAUUUCAAGGUUGUACCUCAAAGUUUCUUCAAAUGCGUGGGUAAGUUUACUCAACUAAAUGCCAGUUUUAAAUCUUUUGAUUUCAAUAACGCGUGACACCCAACCGUUGAGUUGUUUAUUUGCGGUUUUUGGACACACAAUCUGUUCAUUCUAGGCAGAAAAUAACAAAUGCAGUGCUUGAAUAUUUAUCUGAGUAGCAAGCAAAAAACUAAUUUGAAACAAAGAACCCAAAACAACAAAAUGAAAGAAAAAUGUAACUAUUUGCUCUCCUUUCAGCGCGGUUGACGUACAAGCUUCAGAUGAUUUGUGAUGUUGCUUUUCCUGAAUCGGAGGCUGACAUGGUGGGAACAUAAACUUCCCCUUAGUGAAUGCAAGAAUGUUAUUGUAAAAUCCAACCAUCUAUUUUCUCGAUUAACAAACAGUAAAUGUAGAUCUCUUUCAAAUAGUUACCAUUCUUUAUCUUCAUGCAAAUAAGUCUUCUAAUUAUUAUACUUCACAGUACCGUAUUUCCUCGAUUAAGCGCCCAGGCGCUUAUUUGAAAUUUUGGCUCACCGGAAGGACGGUGCUUAUUAUUUGCCUGUUUCGAUUCUGUUGCAGUUAUUUGAAUUUAUUUAGUUGAAGCUUGAAAAGGUAUAUAUAAAGUGGCAAUGGGAACAGGUUUUCAGUGGCUUAUUUGCCAUUAUGGCACAGAGGGUGGGUGCUUCGGGAGAGGGCUCCUUUUAGAGCAUGGACGAUUAUUCGAGGAAAUGCGAAAUAUUUCCUAUCUCUGAAUUUAAUUUUUUCUUCUUUUGUAACAAGCGUGAAGAUAAAGGUUUGUGUAAUAUGGGCAUGCCAAAAUACAUCUAUGUUUUUACAAAACCGUUUAUUCCAAACAAAAAUAAAAUUAUUUCAAUGUGCUAAUUUAUUUCCUCUUCGAAAUAAAUAUAGAUAUUUUUCUUAAUUAUGAUUUUAGGACAAUAUAUAUCUCAGUGAGAUGCAUUUAUUUACAAUAUAAGCAAAACGUCUUUGAGUGUAAAUAUCAGUUGAAACGGUGAGUUCAGAAACAGUGGUUCUUAGAAACUUAGGGAUUGCGUUUCUUGUUUUUCUAUUCACACUGUUCUUUGUAACCUCGCUCAGGAUGGAUUUAGAUUGUAAGAAGCUCUUUACAAAAGGUUCUCCACUCAUCGAUCACUUUGGUUUUGAAUUUGUAAAUGAUCGAGAGUGAUUCACGCAAAUUUCGUUAAUUUUGCUCUUGAAUCAUUUUUAAGGGGUUAUGAUCUUUAAUAACAGCAAUAAUUUUUUAGUGUUUGUAUCAUUUAAACUCACUCAUGAUCCUUGAAAACUGAUUGGCCCUCAGGAAUGCGAAUUAGUCACGAAUCACACUGUUUUUUCCCCUAAAUCGCAUCAACACUAGAAACCAACAACCUAUCAGAUUUCAAGGGUUUUUUUAUAGCCUAAGAGGUAUCGAGAUUAUCUAUGUUUGCUGGAUAUCCAGGAACAGUAAAUGAUCCAAUUAUAUGACUUUUUUUAUCAGUCAAGGUAAACCAUGUUCUAUAGUCACAGGCAGAGCUCUUUUCUGAUAAUUAAGGUAGUUGUCUGCACCAACUGUUCUUAUCUGGAUUAUACUGGAAAUCUUGGGUAAGAUAGUGAUAGAUAAUCCAGAAUUUACACAAUUUUUCUCUUGCUCGUUACCAGAACUGUUUGCCUCAGACUUAAAUAUUUCUCCAUUUUCUCAAUUGGUUAGAUGAUAAGAUAGGGCAGAAGCUAAUAUUGGACGAGCAUUCUGUCUGAAAUAAUCAUUAUAACAGUUCUUUUUUUAAUUAAGUUUUUGAUUAAACCACAGGUACUUUACUGGAUAAGAAUUUUUUAAUCAAACACACUUCUAGUAGUUAUGAAGGAGUUCCAGCAUUGUACAUAAUAAAUGAACUGUUGGUUAUGGGUUUGAAGUUUGCUUUAUCGCUUUUGAUGCUGAAUUGUUAUCACUGUUUGUGCGGGUUUUAUUAGCAUCAUGUGAAAGUGCUGGAAAUUCAGCUCCAUAAUUCACAUUGAAACUCUGAAAAAACUGAAGUAUUUUGGGAAAGUUCAUCUUGUCAUGACCAAAUAACGACACUGGAGAUCAUGACAGGUGAGCAAACCUCAAAUUAAUUCACUCUCUGCCUGUUUACAAUCAGAACCAAUCAAGGCUUUGUCACACAUACUUUCCCGCUCUAGGGUGCUGGUCACCUGAUUUCCUUGAAUUUUGAUUGGCUCAUUACAUUGGGUACACUUGUUUCGACUAAAACUUUUGUUUGCAAUUCAACAGUUGUCUUAACGGGUAUUCUUCUAUAAAUGUGAAAUUAAGUUCCACUUGAGUGCUUGAAAACUGUUCCUGUGUUGCAAACUCUAGUUGAUCAUUUUUCAGAUCUCAUGCGUGAAUUCCAACUUUACCUAAUAACAUAUUCAAACAGACUAUAUGAGCAGAAAUGUAAUUGUUAGUGUAUUUAGUAUUUUACAUUCAAUAAAUAAUUUUGAGUGACA